AUGAAUGGCUACCCCGUGGUGAUCCGGCCGGAAGGCGGCUCUCGUAUGGUUGGACUUGGUACCACGAGUAUCGUUUGCCAGAACAAGCAGCAUCCAGACCAGGUUAUAAAGGCGGCCCUCAGGCACAAGUUGCAAGGCUGCAGUACAGAAGUCAUCAAAACAACGUUGUAUAACGAGGAGCAUUCCAUCUCAUGCUUUGAGCGCGAAAAGCUCAUUUACAGCACCCUACCGAAGGACCCAACUAUCCUCGAUUGCCUCACAAUCACAGACGAUGGUAUACACCUUCCUUUUCUACGACUCGGAAACCUCCGAGAUUAUCUCGACCGCAAUAAGCAGGAAAUCCAAAGACAAACCCGAGACCAAUGGGUUAUAGCAGCUGCCAGCGCUAUCUCCAUACUCCAUCGCUUUGGAGUUAUACAUUCCGAUAUCAGCGCACGGAAUUUCCUUGUUGCGGAUGACUUGUCGAUCAAGCUUUGCGACUUUUCUGGAUCGGCAAUCGGGGGCCAAGAGAGUCUUGUACAGGAGGAAGAUCGAUAUCGAAUGGCCUCGGACGCCCCACGCUCCACUACGACAGAUAUCUUUGCUCUUGGGUGUCUGAUAUUCGAGAUCAUGACAGGUCUUCGCCCAUACGAUGAGAUUGAUGAUGAUAGUUAUCAGGAAAUCGAAAGUAAUUAUGCUUCUGGAAAGUUCCCAUCCAUUGACGCGUUGCCUUACCAAGAGAUCAUUCAUAAGUGCUGGACUUGUCAAUACGAAAACAUUGACCAAGUUAAGCAUGAUCUAUAG